GAGGGCCGCCGGCCAGGACCCGCCGAGCCUCCUCUUAGGGCGGUGGCGGGUGACCCGCACCCGGCCGGGGCUGCGGGCCUGGACGCCGGGGGUUUCACCGCAACCCUCCCUGAGCAUUCCCUGCGAAGCCGCUCAGGUGCCACGAGCCGGCCUACCCCAGCCUCUGGGUCUUCCACCCUGACUCGGCUGAUCCUCCCCACGGUCGGGAGAGGACUUGGGGACCUGCCGGGACUCAACCGUCCACUCGUCGAGAGACCCUGUACUGACACCCCUUGGCUGGCAGUCGCUUCCCACUUCAUAAAGCACUUGUCCUGUUAAUUUCGCGGAUUCAGCUUCCCUUCUCCGGGAGGCCCUUGCGGCUGAAGGGGGCUCCUCUCUAGUUGAGGAAAAAGGGACAGUGGCUCGCUCAAGCUCGCGCAGGAAGUUACUCGACGCCCAGCCCCUGCCAGUCCCCCAUGGCCCCGUGGAGCCGAGAGGCGGUGUUGAGUCUCUACCGGGCUCUGCUGCGCCAGGGCCGAGAGCUUCGCUACACUGAUCGGGACUUCUACCUUGCUUCCAUCCGCCGUGAGUUCCGGAAGAAUCAGACGCUAGAGGAUCCUGAGGCCCGGGAGAGGCAGCUGGAAAAGGGCCUGGUCUUCCUCCACAGCAAACUGGGGGGGAUUAUUUAGAAU